AUGGGACCAGGUGCUGGGUUUAAUCCCAGAGACGUCGCCGACUCUGUCCCAUCUUUCUCCAGCCAAAAUGCCGUAAUUGGCAGUCUCCAGCUCCUGUUCGGAAACAUCACAUUGUCAAUCGCUCUGUCAAGCUUUGGAAUUCUCGGCUUGUUCAUUAGCUCGAUCAGCAAGCUAUGGGUUCGACCGGAGAGAAAAGUUACCGCCCUCUACGGACGUUUAGCGAUUACCAAAUUGGGUGAUAUCGGCCACGCCCUUACCCGCCGAUAUUCUUUUUCCGCCGCGGCCUUACAAUUGUGCUGUUCAAUCUCAUUAGCUUUCAGCGCUCUGGCGAGCCAUGUUUGGGAGAUUGGAUCAUCAUCCUUUGCACAGUCAUUUCUCGUGGCUUGGCUCGCCACAGACAUUGCCCGUGUCGUCCUUCUGACAGAGGAGCGGCUGAACGCAUGCAACCAUGCAUCAUAUCUAGGCCUUGUCUCCGCGAUUGUAGCGCUGAAGAUUGCCCUUCUCGUCGUCGAGGAACUCAGCAAGAGGUCUCUUCUCAAGAGCCCCUACAGCAAAUACCCACCCGAUGCGUUGAGUGGAAUCAUCAAUCGCGCCUUCAUGCUCUGGCUCAACCCACUAAUGUGGCGUGGCAUUGCCGGAGAGCCGCUAUCGUUGCUCGGGAUGUUUGACUGCGAAGCUGAGUUCACAAGUGACGGACUUUCAGCGACGUUGGAUAUAGUCUGGGAGAGACAUGUUACCCUAAAAAGCAAGCACAACCUCUUUCUGACUCUGGUAUGGCAGUUCAGAUGGCUGUUUGUAGUUCCACCGCCGACACGCUUUGCGCAAGCAGCUUUCCAGUUCCUACAGCCGUUUUUGAUCGAGCGGACGUUGGCCUGGUAUCAAAAUCAAGGGAAUGGCAAUGAGCCAGAAAGUGUGGGAACAGGGCUAAUCCUUGCGUAUGGCCUGGUGUACCUCGGAGUAGCACUUUCGACGGCAUACAGCCAGUACCAGAUAGUGCGCCUUAUCACCGCUAUCCGAGGGACACUCGUCUCGCUCAUCUUCCGAAAAUCCCUGGAGCUUCCAAAGUCCGACAUGUCGCCACUCACUCUGAUGAGCACCGAAGUGGAGCGCAUCGUGCAAGGAAUGCAGUAUGUGCAUGAAGUAUUUGUCAGCUUCUUCACUUUGGGGGUCGCGCUCUGGCUCCUGAAGCGGCAGCUGGGGGUUGGUGCGAUUGCGCCGAAUGUGGUCACGGUUGCCUUUGGCAAGAAGAUUAGAAGUGCGCAGAAGCGCUGGGUUGAGUCGGUCGAGAGGCGUGUCGGAGUCACAACGCAGAUCUUGAUGUCAAUGAAAAGCAUCAAGAUGUCUGGUCUUGCCAAAUAUUCGGCAUCGCUGAUGCAGUCUCUCCGGGAGACCGAACUGGUGAUUUCCCUCAGCAUGCGACGCUUCUUGACCGUUGGAGUAGGAUUAUCGUUUGCAACACCUGCCUUGGCUCCUGUAGUGGGCUAUGCAGUGUACAUUGCAGUAGCCUCACACCAUGGAGACACACUUUUGGCUUCAAAGGCUUUCCAGGCGCUUGCAAUAUUCAGCCUCUUGAGCACUCCACUCGGUAUUCUGAUCCAGACAUUACCCGAAGUGAUUGGAAUGGUCGCCUGCUUUGACCGCAUCGGGAAAUUUAUCCAGAGCGAGGCUCGAAGUGACAGUAUAGGCGUGAUAGUGGCGCCCCCCAUCUCUACUGAAAAGAUGCCAUACAAUGCUAGUCAGUCCGAUUGUGGUAGCAGUGGUGGGCGCUCCUCCAUGUUACUGGGCAGUGACUUGAUCACGAUCGUGGAUGGCAAGUUCUGGCGCGAGGCAGACUGCGAACCAAUAUUGCAGGCCAUCAACUUACACAUAAAGAGCGAAACUGUGACUCUUGUUGCAGGCCCUUCUGGAUCUGGAAAAAAAACCCUUCUGGAUGCUCUUUUGAGAGAGCUACCGCCUCCCUCGAGCUCCGUUCAGGUUUCUCCUGGAUUUGAUCUCCAUGGUGGUAUUGCGUACUGUUCGCAAAGACCAUGGCUUCGCAACGACACGGUGCGAGGUAAUAUCGUGGGUAAUAUGCCGUACGACGAGGCAUGGUAUGGGUCAGUCCUCUUUGCAUGCGCGCUGGACGGGGUCAUCCAAAAGCUUAAUCAGGGGCUCGUUGGAAAUGGCGGUGCAACCCUUAGUGGCGGCCAGAGGCAGCGCGUUGCGCUGGCCCGCGCGGUUUACGCCCGACGACCACUGCUUCUUCUGGAUGAUCCUUUUGCUGGACUAGACAACCUAUCGGAACAGUAUUGUGUUACUCGAUUACUGGGCCCCAUGGGCUUGCUGAAAAGAUUGGGGACAACCGUCGUCCUCGCCCCACAAACAGUCAAGUACCAAAACCUCGCCGAUCAGGUCAUUACCCUGCGCGGUGACGGUAGACUCUUCGAUUUUGAAUCUCCAAUCAUUCCAGACGGAGAUUUGUCUGAGAAAAUUGUGACAUCCAUCAAGCGUCCAACACAGGAAGAUCCGAAGAUGAUGCAGAACCCUUUCGCCUUCGCUCUUGAGUCCAGGUUCGAAACCACGGCUACUGGUCCUCGCGACCGUCGCAAGGGUGACUUAGGCGCAUAUCUCUACUACUUCGCCUCUUUGGGUCGGAAAAGGCUUGGGCUGUCAAUUAGCUUGGUGCUCUCCUUAGUCUUCUUCAGCAAUUUCCCUCAAAUAUGGCUUGAGUGGUGGACGGCGUUCAACGUUGAUCAGCCCAAUAACAGACUGGGAUAUUGGAUUGGUUUGUACGCUCUUUUUGGGGCUCUGGCAAUUAUUUCGCUCAUUCUUGCCUGCUGGCUCAUGAUAUGCAACAUGGUCAAGGAUUCCGCAGAAUCUUUGCAUUUGACUUUGGUCCAUACAAUUGAACGUGCCGUGGUUUCUGUAUUCGCGUCGACUGAUCCGGGUCUCAUGAUUAACCGGUUUGCUGCUCCUCCUUGUUCGGUUCUUUUCGCUGCUGCUAAUAUUCUCAUCAGCUUCAGCCAGGAUAUGUCAUUGGUCGACAUGGAACUACCAAUGGCGUUUGCCAAUACCGUCAUCACGUUCAUGACCUGUAUCGCACAAAUCGUCAUCAUAGCUGUCUCCUCGCGGUACCUGGGUGCAACGAUUCCGUUUGUUCUCGCCGUGUUCAUCUUCACCCAACGACUCUACAUCCGGACCUCUCGACAACUGCGAUUCUUCGACAUCGAAGCCAAAGCUCCGCUGUAUACCGAGUUCAUCGAGCUGCUAGAUGGACUUUCUGUGGUUAGAGCAUUCAAUAUGCAGGACGCCUUCCAGCAACGCCUCGCUGUGGCGCUCGAUACAUCUCAGAAGCCAUUCUACCUCCUCUUUUGCGCACAGCGAUGGCUUGGCCUAGUGCUGAACUUGGUCAACCUGGGUCUGGCACUGAUCUUAGUCGGAGUUACGACUGCCACACGCGGCAUUUCGGGUGGUUUUCUCGGCGUCGCACUGAUAAACCUGAUGAAUUUUGGACCAAGCCUGGCCGAUCUUGUCAACGUGUGGUCCACGCUCGAGACAAGUCUUGCUGCUGUGGAGCGUGUCAAAUACUUCACUGAGGAGACGCCGGCGGAGUCAACAGAGGCUCCUGUGCAACUAAACUCGCGAUGGCCACAGGCCGGAACGAUCCAGUUCCAGGAUGUGUCUCUACGCUAUGGCCCCGAAUUCGACCUUGCUGUGAACUCAUUGACACUCUCCAUUCCGGCCGGAACAAAGCUCUCCGUGUGUGGCCGAAGCGGCAGCGGAAAAUCCACGCUCUGCAUGGCCCUUCUCCGCAUGCUCGAUCCUGUCGGUGGCGCCAUUCUGAUCGACGGCCAAGACAUGUCUCAUGUACCACACGAGUCACAACGCGCCGCUCUGUCCGUUGUGCCUCAAGACCCGGCGAUUCUGGAAGGCUCGAUCCGUACGAACGUUGAUCCACACUAUAAUCACUCCGAUGAGGAGGUGGUGUCUGUACUUCAAACGGUUGGGUUGUGGGAGGCAGUCAAGGAAAAAUUCUCCGCAGAUGAUAUCACCCACGCGGCUGGUCUCUCAGGCGGACAGAAGCAGUUGCUCUGUCUUGCUCGAGCACUUGUGAAGAAGAGAAGAAUCCUUGUCCUCGAUGAAGCUACAGCCAGCGUUGACGCCGAGACUGACAAGAUGGUCCAUGAGCUGGUGGCCAAUAAUCUGACUAGCACCACUGUCAUCUCAGUGAUGCAUCGAUUAGAGCACGUGGCUAUGUAUGAUUUAGUGGCAGUGCUUCACGACGGCGAAUUGGUGGAGGUGGGCAAUCCGGAGCGUUUACUCCAAGAUCCAGGAUCUAGGCUCUCAGAGUUGGCGUUUGGAGGGCUUUAG